AACAAAAGUGUGGCGCGUGAUCGACGGCCAUCGAUCCGCUGAGGUUUUUCCACAUAUAGUGUUGUGCUUUCCGCGCGCCAGAGGCCAGGAAAUGUGAAUGAUGGUGCUCGAGACGAUCCAGGCGAGGCUGAGCGGGGACAUCUUUAGCAAAGGUGCAGCAUCGAGGUGGAACAUACUGCUGAAAUAUUGAUUUUUCCCCGCAAAAGAUGGCGACGAACUUUUCACCACUGAACACUGAGUCAAUUUCCUCGUGAUUUCGCCAUCAGCGAGUGUGUUGUCUGUGAGAGGACUGUACCACCCAGGGGCCUAGCACUUGCGGGGGCGCCUCUAUCCACCCCAAUCUGCCCAAGACGCGACAGCCCAGAGUGCUGACGAGGGCCAAAGAGACAAGAGAGUGCAUCUCUCCCACACCCUCUCGCGCGAGGACUUUUGUGCAUUUUCAAGCAUGGCACUGGCAGACUUUUCACCAUUUUCUUCGGCUGCCGGAAAUGCGCUCUCAGUGGAAUCGUCAUAGAGGCGACACAGCUUAAUGCGGUGGAAUCUGUGAGGUCAAACCGUGGAAACAGAGUCACUAAAGUCACCAUGCAGAAGGAGGGCAACUCCACGGGCGAGAGCUACCAGUACGUGGGCCCGUACAGACUCGAGAAGACCCUGGGCAAGGGCCAGACGGGCCUCGUGAAGCUCGGCGUGCACUGCGUGCUGGGCAAGAAGGUGGCCAUCAAAAUAAUCAACAGAGAGAAAUUGAGCGAAUCUGUGCUGAUGAAGGUCGAGAGGGAGAUUGCCAUUAUGAAGUUAAUCGACCAUCCACAUGUGCUCGGCCUGUCGGACGUUUACGAGAAUAAGAAGUACUUGUAUCUUGUGCUGGAGCACGUGUCGGGUGGCGAACUGUUCGAUUACCUGGUGAAGAAGGGCCGCCUCACGCCCAAGGAGGCGCGCAAGUUCUUCCGGCAGAUCAUCUCGGCCCUGGACUUCUGCCACUCGCACUCCAUCUGCCAUCGCGACCUGAAGCCCGAGAAUUUGCUGCUGGAUGAGAAGAACAACAUCAAGAUCGCCGACUUCGGCAUGGCGUCCCUCCAGCCGGCCGGCUCCAUGCUAGAGACGUCGUGCGGCUCCCCGCACUACGCCUGCCCAGAGGUGAUUCGCGGCGAGAAGUACGACGGCCGGCGGGCGGAUGUGUGGUCGUGCGGCGUCAUCCUGUACGCUCUCCUCGUUGGCGCUCUGCCAUUUGAUGACGACAAUCUGCGUCAGUUGCUGGAGAAGGUGAAGCGCGGCGUGUUUCACAUUCCGCACUUUGUGCCGCCGGAUUGCCAGAGUCUGCUGCGCGGCAUGAUUGAGGUGAAUCCGGACAAGAGGCUCACGCUACAGGAGAUCAACCGCCAUCCGUGGGUCACGGCGGGCGGCAAGGGCGAACUGGAACUGGAGCUGCCCAUGAUGGAGGUGGUCCAGACGCACAUCAUCCCGUCCGCGUCCGCCGUCGAUCCGGACGUCCUCAAUGCAAUCUGCUCGCUGGGCUGCUUCAAGGAGAAGGACAAACUCAUCCAGGAGCUGCUCAGUCCCAACCACAACACGGAAAAGGUGAUUUACUUCCUGCUGUUGGAGCGGAAGAGGCGGAGACCCGCCCUGGAGGAUGACGAGGAGCCAGGGCGUUCCCGGAGUGAGAAUACCGAAGCACCGGAUCCGCCACGCAAGAGACUGGACACUUGUCGCAUCAAUGGCCAAAAUGUGGCUACGUUUGGUCAGAUUAGCGAGGGCUCACCGCUAACGCCACGCCGUCAGGCAUUCAACUUCCGCUCAUACAGCAACGGUCGCAGUCAUAACCGUCGGUCACCUUCUUCGGCGCCAUCCACGCGCUCCUCCUCCUACCACAGCCCCACGAGAACCCCGGCCGCACUCAGUUCAGUCAGCCAGAGCUCGCGUCCCGCCUCCCCAGCCAUGCAGGCCAGGCACUCCACACACGGGGGCGCCGUCGUGCCUGCGAAUCGCAACUCACUGCAACCGCCAACGGCCGCCAUCAUCUCCGCCGAGCAGUCCCCGGCCCACCAUCGCACCAACUCCGGCCCCACCAUCAACAUCAGCCUCUUCCCCGAUGCCGACGCCAACAGCCUGCAACUUUCGGUGAUGACGCCGCCGGGAUCACCGCACAUGGGCGGAGGACCGCCACCCAUCAUGACUGGCUCCACGUGCGCCUCCACGGCCGGUCAGCUGUGGAAGAAUCGUUUGACAAACAUCAAGAACAGCUUUCUGGGCAGUCCUCGUUUCCACAGGCGGAAACUCCAAGUGUCCUCAGAUGAAGUCCACCUCACGCCAGAUUCAUCACCUGAACUCACGAAGCGCUCGUGGUUCGGGAAUCUGAUGACCACGGAGAAGGACGAAACGUUUACGGUGCUCGUGAAGGGGAAACCCCUGGCCACAGUUAAGGCUCACCUCAUCCAUGCAUUCCUCUCGAUGGCGGAGUUGUCUCACAGCGUGAUAUCGCCAAUGUCAUUUCGCGUGGAGUACAAGCGCAAUGGCACGGGUCCGGCCAUGUUUCAGCGUCAUGUGCGCUUCCAAGUGGACAUAAGUGCAAUAUGCAAGCAGGGAGAUGUGGCCGAUAUGCUCUUUGCAAUCACUUUCACACUUCUUUCAGGCAAUAUUCGCCGCUUUCGCCGAAUAUGUGAACAUAUUCAGUCCCAGGUUUGCUCAAAGCGGUUCCCGAUGCCAAGUAGCCCUCCGGGACCCUCAACGGUGUCCCAGGCGGUGUCAGAAAGUUCCUCCUGUGGCUCUGACUCCAGCGAGCGGCUGUGCUACAAGCGACAGUUCUUACAGAUUGAAAAUGAACUGGAGAACGAGACUAUCUUCGAUAUGAAGUCAAGCACGGGGCGAAGAUCGUCCGCAAGUACGAACAAUAACAACACCACGACGCCUAGCGAUCCUGGGAGUCCCAAGACGGUCAGAUCAAAUUCCGAAUCUUCGGAUCACGAGCGAUUACGUGACCGCGCCGAAGAACGCCCCACGACGAUGUCAGGCAGUGCAAUAGCAUGAGAAUUAUUUCUCUGAUUUAGUUGCCGAUUAAAUAGGAUCCUACUGAAGACAUCAUCGCCAUCAGCAACGACUCACUCAUCGCAGGACAUCAUCAAUCCCACAGCCACCGCGUGCUGCCCAUCGGACAUCCUCCGGAUGACCAUUUACGCUUUGGUACCCGUUUCCGCCAUCGCGGCCCUCCUCUUUUGCAAGCAAGCCAGCUCUAAUAGGGACUUGUGAACGGAUUGUUUCUUGGCUGCACAUAGUGACCCAAAUGUUGGUGAAGAUGACGCCCCUUUUUAAUCGAGACGAUUGGAACAUGCACUAAAUCAGAGAAGACACAUUCAGAGAAGACAGACAGAGAGGUUAUCAAAAGAAAAAAGAAAGGAGAAGACAUUAAGAGAAAAUGCUAAGGACAUUAACUAAAUUAUAUAUAUA